AUGUUCGUAGAGAAGCAACAGCCAUACUCUAGUGAGGAAAGCGAUGCGUUUUCGACCAUUCAAUCUCAUGUCCAGUUCCUGAUUUUUUUACUCAACGGCUCUACAGGCGCCUUUUUGCUCAACACUUCUUUUAUCGAAUGUGACGACGAGUCUUUCCAACAUAGUAAUAGUUUAAUCGAAGGUAUGAAGACUAAGAUGUCGGACCGUGAACGUGGUACAGUUCCAGACAUUUCGCUGGCAUCGCCAGUGAGUCUCGCCACUCUUAGCACCACACAACAACUCGUCAAAAAGACAAAUGAUGCCAAGUUUUUGACCAAACGUGUGCUAAAUAGUUGUGGUAUCUCCUCUUCUGCCCUGAGCUAUUUACAUUUUACAAAUCCUCCUGUCACGCCUUCACUUACAAUUUUUACCGUGCUUAUUUCGACGUUUUAUGUGCUCAUCUUGAGCGGCAUUCAGUAA